UGUUUUGGUCAAUGUUAAUGAAACAUGUCAAAUGGAGCAUAUUUUGAGAUCCGACCAAUUCAAUCAUCUUAUCCAUUGGACAAAAACAGAGAAAUAACUCAAAAUUUGUACAAAAUUUCUUGUGAAGUUCAUCGAACUUGGAAUUUUGAAUUGGGUUCUUGAUAUCUUUUGCAUUACUUAUAUUUCAAGAGUUUGAGUCUUCCAUCAAGUGUUAAGUUUAUUAAUGGCUUCUUCUUCUUCUUCUUCAAGAGUUGAUCAAAAAUUUCAUGUUUUUCUUAGUUUUAGAGGGGAGGAUACACGUGAAAACUUUACAAGCCAUCUCUAUACAGCUUUGUGUAAAAAGAAAAUCAACACGUUUAUUGAUAGUCACGACCUGCAAAGGGGAGAUGAAAUUUCACAAGCACUUUUGAAUGCAAUUGAAGAAUCGAAGAUUGCGGUUAUUAUAUUCUCGAAAGGGUAUGCGACAUCUAGAUGGUGCCUUGAAGAACUUGCAAAAAUCAUUGACAUCAAGAAAGCGGGAGAUUUGGUCAUAUUGCCAGUUUUCUAUCAUGUGGAUCCAUCUGAUAUAAGAAACCAAAAAGAGUCAUUUGCAGAAGCAAUUGUGAGGCAUGAAAAAACACAGAGCUUAGAGAAGGUGAUUAGAUGGAGGAAUGCUUUGACAAAAACAUCUAAUCUAUCCGGAUUUGAUUCAAGUAACAUUAGGCCUGAAUCUGCAUUAAUAGAGGAAAUUGUCGAAAAUAUUGUGAAAAAACUGAAUCAAAUGUCCCUAAGUGACAACAAGGACCUCGUUGGAGUAAAAUCAAAAAUAGAGGAAAUUGAAUUGCUAUUGCGUCUUGAGUUACAAGAUGUUUCAAGUAAUGUAGGGAUUUGGGGAAUGGGUUGUAUAGGUAAGACAACUCUUGCUCGUGCAAUAUUCAACAAAAUCUCAAGUCAAUUUGACAUUGCCCAUUUCCAAGAUGAUGUCAGGGAAGAAUGUAAAAAGAAGAAUGGAUUAACUCAUUUGAUUCAACAAGUUCUUUUUGCAAUAUUAGAUGAUAAACAUGCCAAUAUAGAUUCCAUCUUCACAAAAAGUAGGCUUCACAGCAUGAAGAUUCUCAUUGUUUUUGAUGAUGUGACAUGUUCAGAGCAGAUAGAAAAGUUUACUGGAGAUUGUUUUGGUUUUGGAAGUCGUAUCAUUAUAACAUCAAGAGAUAAACAUGUGCUUAAAACUUGUGGAGUGAAUCAGGAUAGCAUAUACGAGGUUGAAGAGUUAUCAGAUGAUGAGGCUCUUGAACUUUUUUGUCGACAUGCCUUCAAACAAAAUCAACCCACUGCAGGUUACAUGGAGCUAUCUAAAUUGGCAUUAACAUUUGCUAAAGGCAUUCCAUUAGCUCUUAAAACUUUGGGUGGUUUGCUAUUUGACAAGACAAAUUCAGAAUGGGAAGAUGCAUUGAGUAAGAUUGAAAGAAUUUCGAAUCCAAAGAUCCAAGAUGUGCUGAAAAUAAGUUAUGAUGGACUAGAUGAUGAAGAAAAAAAAAUAUUUCUAGAUAUUGCAUGUUUCUUCAAUGGGGAUGAUAAGAAUUUUGUGAUGAAAAUCCUAGAUGAUAAUGGGUUUGCUGCAAAGAGUGGAGUCAAUGAUCUCAUCGAUAAAUCUCUCAUAACUAUAAGAAGGGUUAACUGGAGAAUGCAUGAUUAUCGGAUAAUAAUAAUUCAUGAUUUAUUACAAGAAAUGGGGAGGAAAAUUGUCUCUAAAGAAUCAAAAGAUGUUAGCAAGCGCAGUAGGUUAUGGCGUUGUGAAGAUAUCUAUCGUGUAUUGAAGACAAACAUGGGGACUGGAGCAAUUGAAUGCAUUCGUUUGGAAAUGUCAAAAGCAAAACCUUUCAAGUUACAUCCCCACGCUUUCUCAAACAUGCAUAACCUCAGAUUCUUGGAUUUUUAUUGCGAUAUUGGUUGCUCAUGCAACUUUUACAACUCACACUGUAAAGGUGGCUACAUAUGCAAAGAAGGGCAGAUUGAUAAUAAGGUUCAUCCUUCUGAAGAUCUUGAAUUUGUUCUUUUUGAACUAAGGUACUUCUGUUGGUAUGGAUAUCCGUUGCCAUCAUUGCCAUCAACUUUUGAUCUAGAGAAUCUUGUUUCACUUGUCAUGCCAUGUAGCAAGAUUAAAAUUUUGAAUUUUGUCCAGGAAUGUAACAAAUUGAAACACAUUAACCUCAGCAACUCAAAGCUCCUAACAAGAAUCACAGACCUCUCAAUGAUUCCAAAUAUUGAGAGUAUGAUUCUAGAAGGUUGUACAAGUUUGAUCGAGAUUUCUUCAUCUGAAAAAUAUCUUAAUAAGCUUGCUAUAAUCAAUCUUCGAGGUUGCAUAAGCCUUGAGAGUUUUCCUAGCACCAGUUGCUUGAACUCUCUUCAGAUUCUAGAUCUAUCUGUUUGUCAAAUCCCUAAGUCAUUGGAUAAUUUCAGCCAAUUAUCCAUUCUAAGAAAGUUAUAUCUUAGUGGAAACAAUUUUGAGUUCAUACCACCAAGCAACAAAGAGUUUUCUACUUUGGUUGAGUUGGACGUAAGCCAUUGCCAGAGGCUUCGAUCCUUGCCAAAGCUUCCAGGUCUUUCUAUGUUGAAUGCAGAGAAUUGCACGUCAUUAGAGGCAUUACAUAUUCCUUUGUUGAGGAGAACAAAGAUCAACCUUGCCAAUUGUUCCAAACUGGAUAGCAAUGCGCUCAAAGCCGACGUGGAAAAUGCUCUGAAAUUACAUGUUAAGAGGCAGAAGUAUUCAGGUGAAUCAAGUGCAUUCUAUAGUGGCUGUUUCCCUGGAAAUGAAAUUCCAAAUUGGUAUAGCUUUCAAAAUAUGGGAUCUUCUAUAACACUCGAGCUACUACCAGAUCUUGUGAACUACAAAUCAAUAUUAUUUGAUCUCUGCAUUGUUGUAAAAUGUCGAAUACGUCAUCCUGAAAUCAGCCCACCCAUUUGUUGUCUGGUAAAGAUGAACCGCUGCCAAUUUGGGAUGCGGAAGGAUUGUGAUUUCGACGGUCCCGGGCCAUGGCAUAAAGUUGGAGAUCGCUAUCCAACGUUAGAUCAUGUAUUCAUGGGCAGUGGUCGCAUCCUCAAAGAUUAUAACUGGAUUGGAGCAGGGAAUGACUCCCUUGCUUUGGAUUUUAAAUGUUUCUGUCUGUAUACAAAAUGCUAUUGCUGCGAGGUGAUAAAAUGUGGGGUUAAUUUAUUCUAUGAAAAGGCUGAGAAGGAAGAAUCCACUUAAGUUUCAGCACCAAAGAAGACGAGGAACAGGAGGUCGAAGAAAGUGAAAAUAUAACUAUAAUCUUAUUAUGUAAUUACUUUAUACAGAGUACGUAGAGUAGGAUUCCAAGCUUGGAUCCUAAUUAUUUUGUGAUAAAAUA